UUCUUUUUCCGGUUUAUCAUUUUUUUUAUAUUCGUGUUUUCGUCGACGUUUCUUGCUGUCAAUGUUUAAAAAAGAGCACAAAUGUCAUAGUUAUACUAUUUCAUUGUUCGGUUUCGACAUGUCGACCGCUGGUCUGCUGCACGCGUUUCAGAGCCGAAUAACGGAACGUUUCACCAGCGUCGCUAUGGAAAUAUUUCAAGAAGUGGCGCAUAUUGUAAAAGGAUACCAAGAGGAAAACGACCGUCUGCGAUCCUUACUGAACAAAAUGAUAAACGUGCAGAUGAAUUCACCCAAAAUUGAUCACGGUCGAUUCCCUAGACGAACUACAGCUCUCAGAGAACAAGCAUAUGGGCUGAACACUCCUUUGGAGACAGAAUUACAGCGAAGUUCUAAAGUACCAAAAAUGGAGCAGACUGAGUUAUUGGAGCCAACGGCCAAUAUACCCGAAGAGGACAAAAAUAUCUCAGAGCUGCUGGCUAAUGCACCUAAAGAGGAACAAACUGAAAUAUCAGUGUCUUAUGCAAUGGAAGUAUCAGAGCGGCUGGCCAAUGAACAAGAAAUUGAGUACACUAGAUGGCUGGCAACAGAACGAGAGAGCAGAAUGGAAAAUGGCAUCAAAACGGGCCGUCUUAAAAGUGAUUUCAAAGAAGAAAGCGCUGGGAGGCUUGACAUCGCUACCUCACUCCACACUGUUGCUUUUCGAGACUUCAGCACAACCCCGGAAUUUUCUCAUCGGUCCCGGAGUGACGCAAUCACUAAGAAAGACCUGAGAUACCACGAAUCUCUGAAACACUCAUACAAAAAGAAGUGCAUCCGGGAAGACAAACCAAAAAGAAAAAACGUGAUGACGACGAUAGCGUUGAAAAAGGAACUCAUCGCCAAAUGGGAGUGCGGUACGCGCGUCUCUGACUUGGCUGUUCAGUACAAUAUGGCUAAAUCGACUAUAUCGACGAUAUUGAAGAGAAAAGAAGCCAUCAAAGCGGCGGAUGUGGCAAAAGGGGUCAAAACACUCAGCAGCAGAAGAACUGACAAAGUGGAAGAAGUGGAAAAAGUUCUGCUUGAGUGGAUUACUCACAAACAGUUGCGGGGCGACACCGUGUCAGAGACCCUAAUUUGUGACAAGGCAAGGGAGCUGCAUAACGCCCUGACCCGAGACGACCCCGGGAGCAGUGCUGAGGAAUUCAAGGCUAGUAAAGGGUGGUUUUGCAAAUUUAAAAAGAGAAGUGGAAUCCACGGGGUGCUCAGAACCAGGGAGGCUGCCAGAGCUGGAAAAGAAGACGCUGAGAGAAUUGAGGAUCAAUUUCAAAACUUCGUCUGCAGCCAGGGUUUUCUCCCUUAACAAGUUUUGCGAAGAGACUUGAAUGCCAAAGAGGACCAACAUCACAGGGCAGAGAAUUCCUAUAAAAGUUGGCCUGACCGCCGUUCGGGGAACUGUGAAAUCAAACUACUGCUUUUGUACCAUUCGGAAAAAAUGAUGCUUGCUGUCAUGUUGAGGCCAUUUGCCAAUCAGCUCCUUAAGCAAUGGUUUAAAAAGUGUUAGAGUACACGACGAAGUAACAGCUAACACUCAGAAAAAUUUGAGCAGAAGCCUCACAAAGGUACUUUGAGGUGGCGUCAGGGAGAAACCUAACCCUUUAAGACCACAUAUAACGUCGCUCGGCAUGAAUUGAUACUGAUUCUGGUAUCGGUGACCGUGGCAAUACUGUACAUCUUGUCUUCAAAAAAAAUAUUUGAUACUAUGACACCAAUACUACUUCGCCUACCCCACUUGUGUCAGCCGUCGAGUGAUACUGUACUUUACAACAUUUCUGAUUGGAAAUUUGACAAAAUGGAUGAUGAACACCCCUCGAGCGAUGGAAGUGGGCAGUCCAACGCCCGAGUUUCAUGAACCUCGUUGUCUGCUCCUCACCGUUCGACUCUGGCUAAGCGAGUAACAGGCCGUGGCACGUCUGCCUCCGUGUCCGUCCACCCAAUCGAGCCCUCCUCCUCCCCAGUUGAUCCUGCCCUUGGCAUAUCUUUAUAAUCUCAAAGAUUAUGCCGUGCAAAUCCACUACACACAAAAUUGUACAGUGGAAUUGCAAUUGGUACCUGUAUUUCUACAGGUCAGUUUGAUCUGAUGCAUAUUCCCUGACCAGCCACAACGUAGCCACAUCAGUGGUGGCUGGAGGAGGGGCUGUAGGCGAUAUAAUUUAUAUGUACACUUAUACACAAUAGUUCUUGUUAUUAUAAUCUAUGUCCAAGAGUUUAUUUCUCAGGAUACAAUGAUUUUAUACCUUAUUGACACAAACCUUAAUCAUUUAUUUUUUUGUACUAGUGGUCAUCUGCAAUUAGAUUUACAUCUUUGUUCAAUAUUCUGUUCCACCCAAAACAUUAGAUUUAACAUUUAUAUUUGUAUUUAAGAUUUGUAUUUAAGCUUUAGAUAUACUGUAUAUUUUGCAUUGUGAGUUAACAUUUAUAUCCUGAUGUAGAGAGAGAGCGAGAGCAUUUAGAUGUAACAUUCAAGAUUUGGAUGUACGAUUUCAGUUGACAAAUAUUGUUGUAAAAACAUUUUAGUUCAGAUUUUAAAUGUUAUUUAUUAAUAUAAGUUAAAAAAAAAGCAUCGUAUCAUUCACAAGUACCAAUUCUAUUCCAAGUCCAAUCCCCACUUGCCUGUUUGUGCUAUUGUACCUGUACCCCAUGUAACCUGUGCCAGUCAUUAACAUAUAGUGAGUAUUAUUGAUUUCACUAUGACUAAUUUCUGAAGUUAUGUUUUUUGACGAUUUUAACAGUGCAUAGCCGUUGGGGUUUUUUUUUGUGUUAAUUUUGCUUAUCGAAUAAAUAGACUUGACCCGUU